UCAUUCUUGUUUGCAGAACUUAGCAUAUUACUUCGCUUACUGUUAUGUGUAUGUAGAUCAUAAUAAUUAUAUGAUCUGACAUCUCACGUGAUUUAAUCUUAGCAGCUUGCACCAUCUUGAUUUAUAAAUUGAAUAACACAAUGGAGGAGCACACAGCUGGUAUUGUAAUUGUGGGAGAUGAAAUCUUGCGUGGCCAAGUAAUAGACAAAAACACAUCUUACUUGGCAAAAAGACUAGCAGCAAUCGGCAUCAAAUUGCGCAAAGUGGUCACCAUUCCAGACGUAGUAAAUGAGAUCGCUGACGAAGUCCAACUUGUGUCAAAAAAGUUCUCAGUAGUCUUUACAGCUGGUGGAGUUGGACCUACUCAUGAUGACGUUACCUAUUCAGCAGUUGCCAAGGGUCUAGGUCUUAAAUUGGAAGAAAACAAAGAACUAGUAACCAUUUAUGCGGAACUCUUUCCUGGAAAAACCGAGGCAAGGCGACUUGCCAAGGUCCCCAGUCCAUGUGAAAUAAUUCACGUUCCCUCAUCAGCUUUGACAAAUUUAUCAGGAAAAACGUAUCCUGUGAUAAAAGCUGCCAACAUCUAUGUUUUGCCUGGUUCUCCAUUGUACUUUUCUCAAGCGGUUGAUGUUAUCGUUCCCCAACUACAGGGGGGAACACCUGUGCAUACAGAUUUUAUUGACGUGAAUCUUGAAGAGUUGGCAUUUGUAGACAUUUUGGAUGACUUUGCUAAGCGAUGGGAGGGCCAGCUUAGCAUUGGAAGUUAUCCACAGUGUGAAUCUACCACAGUAACUAGGAUAACAAUUGAAGGAAGACAAUCUGCAGUUCAAAAAGCAAAAAUGGAUCUCCAGUCUGCUUUGAUGUCUAGAGAGAUUUCUUCUAGCAAACACUUUACUGUCAGUCAUGCACGUGCCGUUGAAGCGAGUAGCAAACAGCAACCACAUAUCAAAGCUGCAUUGGAUAUUCUACAGCGUAGUUAUAACGAGAGCGCUGAUGGAAUAUUCCUGAAUUUCAACGGAGGUAAAGAUUGUACCGUGGUACUUCAUCUCCUAGCUACCGUUGUCAAGCUCAGAGGAGCCCCAACGCCUGUAUGCCUUUAUGUAUCAGACGAUCCAUUUCCUGAGGUAGACGAGUUUGUCGACAAUGCAGUGAAUUUUUAUGGGUUAAAAAUACUGAAGAUGAAAGGUUCGAUAAGGAAAGCCGUACAGCUGCUUCUUGAUAGUCAUAAAAAUCUUAAAAUUGGAAUAAUGGGGAUGCGGAGAGGCGAUCCUGGCGCAGAUAAGUUAGAUUUUUUUUCACCAACAGACAAUGGAUGGCCAUCCAUGGUACGUGUCAAUCCUAUCUUAGAUUGGACGUAUAAACAGGUGUGGGACUUUUUGAUUAAACACAAUGUGUCCUAUUGCUCCUUGUACGAUCAAGGAUAUACCAGUAUAGGUGCUAGAGCAACAACAAAGCCAAAUCCUUUGUUAAAAGACCCCGAUAAUCCCACGCAAUACUUGCCAGCAUAUACAUUGACUGAUGAUUCUCUAGAACGGCAUGGCAGAGGAUAAAAUUACAGUAUUUUCAAUGCCUGAUCCUUAAGACACUUGAACUUUUGUCUGGGAUUAUGCGAUAUAAAGAACUUUCAUUUUAAAUAGUUAUUUAAUUAUUGCACGAGCUUGCGCUGGUUGUGAAGCACGUUGCAUCUUGGACAGAAUUUUACACUGCACAGACUUUUGUUUUGCAAUAGAUUAAUAGAAAUGAACAAAUAGAUAAAAUUUCUGUGUAUUACAUUUAAUAUCGGAUUUUUUGUCUGGACUGUAAAAUGUACCUAAAUAAAUAUUGCAGUUUCUGGAUGCAAGUA